UUAUCUAACCCUAAACUCGUUCAAAUGUUGGUAAAAUAAAUAAGGACAUCAUGCGUGGAAUCAAUAACUUGGCCCGUGUUGUUUUAUCCGUUAAAUCGAUAAACGUGCAAAGAUGGAAUUCGAAAAAGUUUUACACUUUGAGUAAUAAGUUGUUAAAUGUACGUUCGCCGUUCGGCAUAACCUCUCGUCUCUUUUCUGAAAAAGCUGACGAUACAGAGAAGAUUUGUAAUGUUGGAACGAUAGGUCACGUAGAUCAUGGGAAAACUACUUUGACAGCUGCUAUAACUAAGGUUCUAUCCUCCGAAAACGAAUAUUCCAAAUAUGUAUCUUACGGUGAAAUAGACAAGGCACCCGAAGAGAAGGCUAGGGGUAUAACUAUCAAUAUUGCACACGUUGGAUACAGGACAAAAGCAAGGCGCUAUGCUCACACCGAUUGUCCUGGUCAUUUAGACUUUGUCAAAAAUAUGAUUAGUGGAGCUUCACAAAUGGACGGUGCAAUAUUGGUAGUUGCAGCUACCGAUGGCACAAUGCCACAGACUCGAGAACACUUACUUCUAGCUAAACAAGUUGGAAUAAAAGAGAUUGUCGUUUUCAUAAAUAAGGCAGACAUUGCAGAUAUGGAAAUGGUAGAACUAGUUGAGAUUGAAACCAGGGAAUUACUGACAGAAAUUGGAUUCGAUGGAAUUAAUAGUCCUGUCGUAUAUGGGUCUGCACUCCUAGCUAUCCAAGGAGAUAUGUCAGAUCUUGGAGUUCCUUCUGUCAGAAAGCUGCUUGAUACUCUAGACAGUUAUAUCACGACUCCUACACGGGAUUAUAAAUCACCAUUUAUCUUACCCAUAGAUAAUGCUUUCACAGUUCCUGGUAGAGGUACGGUUAUUGUAGGUACUCUGAAGCAGGGAACAUUGAAAAAGAAUGCUAAUGCCAGUCUACUUGGCUUUGACGAACAGAUUCCGACCACUGUUGGAGAUAUGCAGAUUUUCAAACAAAGUGUUCUAGAAGCAAAAGCAGGAGAAAAUGUUGGAGUUUUAAUUCGUGGCAUUAAAAUCAGUAGAGUUCAAACAGGCAUGCUUCUGUGCGCAGCCAACUCACUGUCUAUCAGCAAUCACUAUGCAGCCCAAAUAUAUUUAUUAACUAGACAUGAAGGUGGGCGGAAAAAACCGAUGCAGGCUUCCGGAUAUAUUCAACCAUUGUAUAGCUCUACAUGGCACAUAACAUGUCGAGUUGAUCUCAAGUUAACCAAUGGCACCGAGCUACUGAUGCCUGGAGAACAUGCAGAGGCAAGACUAACGUUAAUGAAAAAAAUGCCGGUUUUGGAGGGACAAGCGUUUACUAUUCGAGAAAAUAAAUGUACUGUAAUAACUGGAAUCAUCACUAAGAAAUUGGAAAGUAUUCGAGUUAUUAACAGAAAACUUAAAAAGCUACAGUUUCCUGAAUGAAAGAAAAGAAUAUUUUAUUAUCACUGCACAGUGACUUGAUAAAUCUAAUCACUGAUUAUGAAAUUGAUCUGUGAUUAUGUACCAACGCGAUGUACCUCCACGUAAUUAAUUUAUGCCAGCAUAUAGCAGAAUUGCAUUUUAAUUGCAAUUUACAUCAUCUCAUUUUCAGUGAAAAGGAAUUGUAAUAUAUUAACAUUUCAACGAUGUUUGCGAGUGUAUCAAUAAAAUGUUAUAGUUGCGAAUUAUAAAU